AGUUACUUGGGGCAGAAGACACAGAUGGAGGCGGCCAAUCAGGCUAAAGUUGACGUUGCGGAGGCGAGGAAGAAAGGGGAGAUAGGGUCCAAGGAGAGGGAGGGGUUGACACUGCAGAAUGCCGCGAAGAUUGACGCUGAGACGAAGAUCUAUGCGACGAAGAGGGAAGGGGAGGGAAAGAUGGCGGAGAUAAAGGUGAAAGCGGAGGUAAAGGUGUAUGAGAAUGUGAGGGAGGCUGAGGUCGCGGAGGCGAAUGCUGAACUGGUGAAGAAGAAGGCUGGGUGGGCGAAGGAGGCGCAGGUGGCGGAGGUGGAGGCCGCGAAGGCGGUGGCGUUGAGGGAUGCGGAGCUGCAGACGCAGGUGGAGAGGAUGAAUGCCUUGACCAGGACGGAGAAGCUUAAGGCUGAGUUUUUGAGUAAGGCCAGCGUUGAGUAUGAAACAAAGGUACAAGAGGCAAAUUGGGACUUAUACAACAAGCAAAAGGCCGCCGAAGCAAUUCUUUACCAAAGGGAGAAAGAGGCUGAGGCACAGAAGGCAAUUGCAGAGGCAGAAUUCUAUGCUCGUCAACAAGUUGCAGAUGGAGAAUUUUAUGCAAAGAAAAAAGAGGCUGAGGGUCUCAUAGCCCUUGGACAAGCCCAAGGUGCAUAUCUACGCAGUCUUUUGGACGCAGUUGGAGGCAACUAUGCAGCCAUGAGGGACUUCAUGAUGAUCAACAGCGGCAUGUUUCAAGAAAUUGCUAAAAUUAAUGCCGAAGCCGUGCGUGGACUUCAACCCAAGAUCAGCAUUUGGACUAAUGGGGGUGUAGAGGGCGGCGAUGGCUGCAGCAAUGGGGCCAUGAAGGAGGUUGCUGGAGUUUACAAGAUGUUGCCACCAUUGUUCAAGACAGUUCAUGAACAAACUGGAAUGCUGCCACCGGCUUGGAUGGGCGCUUUGCCAAAUUCUGGUUCUAACAAUUGAAUUCGAGAGUGUCACUAUCUGAACUAGCCAUUUUGUGUAUAUCAUGUCUUUUAUGAGACUAAAAUAAGUGUGGACAAUAUCAUUCAAUCA